GCUGCGGAAGAAGAAGCGGGCGGCUUCCACGCGGUCUCCGGUGACUUCGGUUGGGCGCGUGUGAGCGGUUGGAAGCGGUGGUCUCGGAGUCGUCACGAUGCCUAAAGCGAAGGGAAAGAACCGGCGGCGGAAAUUCGGUUAUAACGUUAACCGGAAGCGGCUGAACCGUAACGCGCGGCGGAAAGCGGCGCCUAAGAUCGAGUGCUCCCACAUCCGUCAUGCCUGGGACCGCUCCAAGUCCGUGCAGCAGAACCUGGCGGAGAUGGGCCUGGCCAUGGACCCCAACAGGGCCGUGCCCUUCCGAAGAAAGGUAACAGCAAUGGAUGUGGAUGUUAGCAAGGAAAAAAAGCCCAACAAGAUAGUUCGGAAGCCAUAUGUCUUAAAUGACCUAGAAGAGGAGGCCAGCCUGCCUGAGAAGAAGGGUAAUACCCUUUCACGGGACCUCAUUGACUAUGUGCGAUACAUGGUCGAGAAUCACGGGGAGAACUAUAAGGCAAUGGCCCGGGAUGAGAAGAAUUACUAUCAAGAUACUCCAAAGCAGAUCAAGAGCAAGAUUAAUGUAUACAAGCGGUUUUACCCUGAAGAGUUCCAAUCCUUUAUUGAUUCCCUGAAGAACAAAAUGGAAGUAGAAUGAAGAACCUGUGCCAUAAGCCAGUUGUGUCUUAGCUAAGUGAACAUUGUUGGAGGCCUGGGUGGUUGGUGGCCUGGAGAUCUAGGUGGGAAAACACAUCUGGUGAGUCCAUACUUUCUUGGAUUUCCCCCAAGGUUGUACCCAGUCUUUUCUUCCCAGCUGGUGAUGGAUCAUAGAAAGGGGCUGUGCUAUUGCUGUAAGAAGUAGAUUUCAGGGAGUUGGAGAAGGGGAGGAGCCAGAACAAGUUGCCUUUAUAGAAGGGAUUUUUAAAAAUUCGCUCUUUGAACAUUGAAGCUCAUGUGGCUUUGAAGCUUUCAAAUAGUUGUCUAUCAGUUACAGAAUAAAAGAGGUCACGGGUUAAGAUGGGCAAUA